AUGUCCAGAGUAGUGCCAGGUUCAAGAAUUUUAGGAACUGUCACCCACGUGGAGUUUGACGCAGGUGUGUGUAACGGAUAUUGUCAGUUGUGUGAGGAAAACGUUGUCGAAGAACUUGCAGAAAAUAUUCAGAGUAGUGUAGGAAAUUGUGCAGUGUUAGGUGGUAGCCUGGGGAAUGAUGAAAUCGUUGUAGCAUUAUUUCACGAGGAUGAUAAUUGGUACAGAGGCAAGAUUGUCGGAAAAGGCGCCAACGACCUGUCCAUCUUUUUUGUUGAUUAUGGCAACACAGAAACUGUUAGUGCAGACAAUAUUAGGAAACUUCCUAGUUUGCUGAAGCAUGUAGAACCAUUGGCAACAAAGUGUGUAUUUGUUGAUUUCUCUCCAGCAAGAGGUCAAUGGACACCAGAGGAAGAGGAGGCAGUAAGAGAGAGACUACUGAAUGAAGAAUACAUGGUAGAAGUUAUUCAGAAAUCUCCACGGGGAUUUUCUGUAAGACUGCACAGUCCAUCCGCCAAUAGUAUUUCUUCACCCAGUUCUAUGACAUUGCAAAAUGUCAAUACAAACUCUUGUCAUCAGUGUUAUAUUUCAUACAUUGAAAGUGCUAAUAAAUUCUGGGUGCAACUUCAAGAAACAGAAAAUGACUUAAGCAAUAUAAUGAGUCAAAUUGCAGAAUACUGUACAAGUAGUGCUGAAAAACUUGGUAAUCCACAAAUGGGAGAAUUUUGUCUGGCUUAUUACAGUGAAGAUGAGGCACCAUAUAGGUCACAGAUAUUAACAAGCACCUCAGACAAAUGCCUUGUGCAGUUUGUAGAUUAUGGAAAUUCAGAAUCAAAGUCACACAAUGAAUUAUUAUCUCUACCUGCCAAAUUCAUGAAUUUUCCAAUUCAAGGUCUUAGGUGUUGUUAUAAAACUACCAGAAUUAAUCCAAGUAAACUGGAGGACAAGCUACAAGAACUUUCGGCUUCUGAUGGAGUGGUGAAAGUCAAAUUUCUGAGGAAAAGUAAUGACGAACACACAAUAGAAAUAGAUGAGAUUGAAAAGAUGGAAAACCAUGGUAGUUUAAACAGUUCUCAGACAUUGGAGUCCCUGCAUGAAUACCCAGUGUCAUCACUUGAGGGUAAUAGGACUUAUGAUGUAUGCAUUUGCUAUGUGGAGCAUCCUGGUCGAUUUUUUGUGCAACUUCUCAGUAGUUCUGAUACUGUUAGUGAUCUGAUGAAUUUGGCUCAUGAGGAAUUUAUAACUAACAGGCCACUUUCAAGACCCACACCCAAACAGUCAUGUUUAGCUAGAAUGAGUGAUGGUGCAGUGUACAGGAGUUCUGUGGAAUCUGUUGGAUCUUCUAUUAAAGUCACCUCAGUAGACUUUGGGUUUACAGAAACUGUAGAUGCGCAAAACCUCCAAGAAAUUUCAGAAAAAUUGACAUCUAUCCCAGCACAGUGUGUUCAGUGCACCGUAGACCUGACAAAGAUGACACCAGACUACUGGUCAGAAGGAGAAAUAGAAAUUCUUAAAGGACUUGAGAAUGAUGUACCCUUGGUAUCGAUGGUGACAUCAAAUAGAGGAGGUGUUUACCAGUUAGACUUGUACGAUACCAGAGACAAAGACAUUGAUCGUUAUUUGAAUGAGGAGUUGUUAGGGGUUAAAAAACAAGGAAAAUCUGUGUCAUCAUACAAAGAGUCUGCCAGGCGAACUGUCAGGAGACUAAAGAUACCAGAACCAGAUGUCGCUGUUGGCAGCACUGAGAUGGUUUGUGUCACUGCGAUGUACUCCACUAAACAGUUCUACGGCCAGCUGACCAAAGUUCCAGUUGAAAAGUUUGCUUCUCUCCAGGAGACUUUAAUGAAGGUGUACGAAAUGGGACAGGAUGUCAUAGCUGACUGUGAGGUGGGAACAUUCUGCUGUGCAAAGUACACAGACGGAUCCUGGUAUAGAGCACUCAUUACUUCUGUCACAGGAAGUUCAGCGGAGAUCAUGUUUAUUGAUUUUGGUGACUCCUGCACUGUACCCAUGACAUCAUUGUAUCAGAUACAUCCAAGUGUCGCUGACACCCCACAACUUUGUAUCAUGUGCCAAUUUCAGAAACCCCCGAUGAGUGUCAGUAUGUCAGAUUUACAGACUCUUUUGGUUGACAAAGUAGUGGAGGUCAGACUUGCAUCAAGGACAGAUGGAGUAUUUCCAACUUUCCAGAUUGAAUUUACCAGCCAUUCAAACAACAAAACUAUCACCAGUAAACUCUUUGGGAACCAGCACAGGAUCCCGAGACUCCCUCAAGUGGCCCUGCAGAGUGGAAACAGUGGUGAGAGAAAGGGGAUGGUGGCUAUUGGUGACCAGGAGGAAGUUAUGGUCACUCAUGUGGUUGAUCCCGAUCACUUCCACUGCCAGCUAAGUAAGACUGCAGUCCAGCUUGAUGCACUGAUGGAGAGUCUGGACAAACACUACUCCGCCCUGGAUGAAUACGAGGAACAGCUGACCAAUGUGUCACUCGGACAGCACUGUGUGGCUAAGUACAGUGCUGACCAGGACUGGUAUAGAGCCCAAAUUACAGGCAUGUUGAACAACGGGAUGGCUGAGGUGAAGUAUAUUGACUAUGGUAAUACAGAAUGCUCACCCAAAGAGAAUCUGAAGCAGAUCAGUGAUGAACUGAUGACGCUACCACCCCAGGCAGUACUCUGUGGACUUGAAGGAGUUGCAUCACCAACUGGAUUCUGGUUGCCGGAGAAAGUGGCUCAGUUUGAGGACCUGGUUCUGGAUCAAACAUUUAAGGCAACAUUCAAGUCUAAGAAGGUAGGAGAGGAUAUAUUGCUGUGUGUUCUGGAGUCUCCUGAGGGUACCAACAUCAACAACAAAUACGGCACAAGUACCAACUCUCUCGCUACCACAGCCAACAAUGAGGCAUCCAACAACUUUCAACAAAGAGGACGAUUUGGAGACCGAUCCUCAGGUGGGAGAUCCAAUGAUUCAAGACCAGGAUUCAGUGGUGGAGACCGAGGAAACCGCCCUGGCUUUGGUGGUUCUAAUAAUCACAGUAGAGGUUCAGGAUUCAAUUCUGGAGGAUUUGGCAGUAAAUCGCCGCCUGGUGGAACCACUUCGGGAGAUGGAGACUGGGAUGAGACCCCUUCAGCUAGUUCAUCCUCACACAGCUUUGGAAGUGGAAGCAGAGCAGGGUUUGGAGGAUCUGGUGGCUCUUCUGGAGGAGGAUUUGGAGGAUCCAGAGGAUUUGGAGGAAGUGAGGGUGGAUCCAGGGGAUUUGGAGGAAGUGAGGGUGGAUCCAGAGGAUUUGGAGGAAAUGAGGGUGGAUCCAGAGGAUUUGGAGGUAGUGGGGGUGGAUUUAGAAGAGAGGGCGGUGACCGAGGUGGUAGUGGCUGUAGAAAAUGUGGAGAGGAGGGCCAUUUUGCCAGAGAUUGUCCUCAAGGUGGAUCAAGUGGAGGAAGAGGUUGUCACAAGUGUGGAGAAGAGGGGCAUUUUGCCCGAGAUUGCCCAAAAGGUGGCUUUGGAGGAGGGGGUGGAAGAGGUUGUCACAAAUGUGGAGAGGAGGGUCACUUUGCCAGAGAUUGCCCCAAAGGUGGUCAGAGUGGAGGAAGAGGUUGUCACAAGUGUGGAGAAGAGGGUCAUUUUGCCAGGGAUUGUACAUCAACAAACCAAAGAAGUGACAGGGGAUUUGGAGGCCGCAGUGGUGGUGGUUUUGGAGGAGGUUCCAGUGGUUUUGGAGACCGUGGUGGCUCCAGUGGAUUUGGAAACAAAGGCUCUGGAGGUGGAUUUGGAGGGAGGUCUGAGCGUCCUUCAGGAGGUUUCUCAGGGGGAUUUGGUGGCAGUUCAUCAAAGCCUGCUGCUGAAGAUGAUUGGGGAGACUCUUCCUCAGAUUCCAAGCCCAGAAAUUCCUCAUCAGGUUUUGGAUCCAGGUCUGGUGGUGGAUUUCAGGGAGGAAAGCAGGGUGGUGGAUUUCAGGGAGGAAAGCCGGGUGGUGGAUUUGGAGCCAGUAGAGGGGGUGGCGGUUUUGGUGGUAGCAGUGGAGGUGGAGAUAGUGGUGCCAAUACAGAAGAUGACUGGGGAGACAGUGCCACAACCACAUCAGCUGUUACAGUCAUAUCACCAGGAUGGAGUGCCACACCCAAGAAAGAUGGUAAUAAGUGGGGGCAUGAGGAUGCUGACUUGUACAAACUUGCCAGACUCCCAUCAGACAAAGCUGUCAAAGUAUAUGUAGUGUACGUCAAAUCUCCCACUGAAUUCUGGAGUCAGAUGGUAAGCAAGUCAGAAGAGUUGGAGGAAAUGAUGGAGAAAAUGAAUGAAGAAUACAAUGGGUUAUUUCCAAAAGAAAGAUGUGUCCAUGAAUAUGAAGUAGGAAAACCCUGUGUUGCCAAAUUCUCUGAAGACAAUAGAUGGUAUCGAGGGGAGAUCUCCGAAGUGGAAGACGACAGAGUGAAGGUUCAUUUUGUGGAUUAUGGGAAUACAGAGACUGUGAAUAAAGCUGAAGUGAAAGCAGCCAAUGCAAACUACAUGAGUCUAGAGAUACAAGGAGUUAAAUGUUCCCUCAGUGGAGUGCUCCAGGAAGACUGGUCAACGGAGGCAAUAGAAAAGUUUGAAGAACUGGUCAUGGAUAAAGAAUUACAGGCAAACGUUGUUAAUUUUUCUGGCGGAUUGUACCUGUUGAAGCUAUCGGAGAAUGGUGAAGAUGUAGCUCAGAGCUUAGCUGAUGCUGGACUAUGUAAAGUUUCCUCUGCUCCCAUUGUCAGUACAUUACAAAAUCCUUAUCCAGCUCUACCUCAGCAAGAAGGAGAGAAAGUCACAGCUUUUGUGUCUUGGAUUGAGAACCCUCACAACUUCUGGAUCCAACCAGAGGAAAAAGCAGAUAAAUUAGAAGAACUGGUGGCAGAUAUUCAAGAACAUUAUGAAGCUGGAGGCAGUGAACUGGAGAAUAUUAAUCUGGGGGAUCCUGUUGUUGCUAAGUUCUCUGAAGAUGAGGCAUGGUACAGAGCUUAUGUAGAGAACAUUCAGAGAUCAAAUAUAACAGUCAGGUUUGUGGAUUAUGGGAAUGCAGACGUAGUUACUAAAGAUGCACUACGUCAGGUAGAGCAAAAAUUCCGUGAAGUCCCUGCUCAGGCUCUGAGAUGCAGCCUCUCAGGUGUGAAACCACUACAAACUGGAUGGUCAGAUGACACCAAGGAGAUAAUGCAGAGUUUGGUCCCUGAUGCUCUCAAUGUUUGUUUCAUGGAGAAAAACUCUGAUGGAACUUGGAAGGUUUCCCUUUCUGCAGGUGAAGUGGAUGUGGCAGAAGAGUUGAUCAGGGCAGCAGUUGUUAGAAAAGAGACCUCAGAUUCCUCAACAUCAUUUGUGAAGUCAGAUUUCCCACCUCAGAUCUCCCUUCCUGUAGGCAGUACCCACCAGGUGUUUGUCUCCCACACCAACUCGCCCACCAGCUUCUACUGUCAGUUAGCACAGAAUACAGAUCAAUUAGACACACUCCUCGGAGAUAUAGAAGAAAAGGUUGAAACUUUAAUUCCAGUCGACUGUGUGUUGGAGGGCAUGGCAUGCAUGGCAAAGUACAGCGUAGACGAAGCUUGGUAUCGAUCCAUAGUCACUAGUGUCUCAGGAAACACAGCAGAUGUCUUAUUUGUAGAUUAUGGGAAUUCAGAAUCAAUUUCUAUGGAGAGUAUUUGUAAUAUUCCGACAGAACUCCUUAAACUUGAACCACAAGCCAUACACUGCAAAUUGUCAAAUCCAGAGGGUGUUGGAAAUGAUUUUGGAGACCAAGUAGCAGAUAAAGAAAUGACCCUGAAGGUUGUAGGACAGUCUCCCGUGUGCUUGACAGUAGAGCUCUUCUUUGAUGAUGGAAAACCAGUGUCGGAACCCAGGAGAGAAGCACCAGAAACUGAAGCAGAGGAGGCUCCAGUAUAUAAACAUAUCAAUUACACAGAACCAACCGGAACUCAAAUUAAAUGUUUUGCUACAUAUGUAAAAUCACCCUCCAAAAUCUACUUGCAGAAAGAAGGGUGUGAAGAACCACUGGAAACCAUGACAGCAAAACUACAGCAGUCAGUAGGUGCAUGUUCUCUCUUAGCUAACCCAAAACCAGGACAGAUAUGUGGAAUGAUAUACUCUGAAGACAAGGCAUGGUACAGAGGAGUUAUAGAGGAGAUUAAUGCAGGAAAAGCUAAAGUAAGGUUUAUUGAUUACGGCAAUAGCGAGGAAGUGGAAACAAGUUCACUGAAAAACCUUCCAUCAGAAUUUGCAUCAUUACCACCAUUUGCAUAUGCAUGUUCUUUGUGUGGGGUUUCUUCACUGGAGGGAGACUGGAGUUCAGAGGUCACAACCCAGCUGGAGUCCCUGAUUGUAGACAAAGACCUGACCUGUACUUUUGUAACUGGAUCUGAGGUGAAGCUAGAAGUGGAGGGUAAAGAUUUGGGGAAGUCUCUGGAGGAAGCCAGCCUGGUAAAGUAUGAGGAGAGUUCCUGUACUCCUGAGGAACCAGAGCCAGUCCGUGUGACUUGUUUAGAAGAGCAAAUCGUUCCCACAGAGGCAACUGCAGCUUAUGUCAGUCAUAGUGACAAAGAUCAGUUCUUUCUACAGUUAGCAAGUCAAGAGGAUACACUAGGAGAAGUUAUUGAAAACAUUCAGAAUCACUGUGAGAAGGCCAAACCUUUGACAGAUGUAGCAGUUAAUGAUUACUGCUGUGCCAAGUUCACUACAGACAAUUCUUGGUACCGGGCUCUUGUCACAGACAUCAAAGGUGAAAUGGUGGAUGUUCUAUUUAUAGACUUUGGAAAUAGUGACACAGUCACUACAGAUAACUUGCGUACUCUUGGAAUUGUGAGCCCAGCUCUGGCUUACCGAUGCUGUCUGACUGGAUGUACAACUAUGUCUACAGAGCAACAGGAACUGUUCUCCAAGCUGUCAUUGGAUGCUGAGGUUACUGUGACAUUUGACAAACAAGUGGACAACAAACAUGAAGUAACAAUGGUGCUAGCAGAUGAUCAUAGUAUAAAUAAAGAGAUUAUACAGUUAGGUGGAGGUGAACCAGAGGUGACUAGUCACUCUGCUGAUCUCUCAGAAAUGGAAGAAAGACAAGACACUGCUUCCCAGUCGGUGUUGAUGGAUGAGUCCCAUAUAACCCUGGAUGAAACAGGCUUUGAUGAAGCUGAACUUAACGUCACAUGUAAUGGAACGAAUGAAUCAUCAGAGGAGGAGGAGGACACAAUCUCAAGUGUGAACGAGCUGAAGGCUGCUGCCGUCCAAACGGAGGAUAGAGUGGAGGUCAACGUCAGCUGUGUUUACUCCCCGAGCUGUUUCUACCUCCACAUUGGUGACCCCGCCCCCCUCAAUGACCUCCUGGACCAGAUGUAUGAGUUCUACAGCAAUACGCCCAUAUCAUCCUAUAAAAUAGAAAAAGUGGCAAUCAACACACCUUGUGCUGCCAAGUUUUCUGAGGAUUCAUCCUGGUAUCGAGCUGUCAUCAAAAAACAGGUAGAUGUGGAUAAAGUGGAGGUGAUAUUUCUGGACCAUGGCAAUAUAGAGGUGUGUGCCAUUUCUGAUCUCCGCCGUCUUCUGAAACGAUUCUGUGACCUUCCAAUCCAAGGUGUGGAGUGUUCCCUUGCUGGGGUGAGGUCUAAGGAUGGGCCGUGGAGCAAGGAUGCCACAACUCUCUUCACAAAUCUUACUGAGGAAAAGACUUUACUAGCAGACAUUCUUAGCCUUGGAGAUGAUAACAGCUGUAUUGUACAACUUCUUCACAUGGGUCUGUCGAUCAGCGAGCGUCUGAUAGAGGAAGGAUAUGGGGUACAGGCGACCACGCCGGUCACCAUCAGUAAGAAAGUGAAGCGUGUUUUUUCUGACUCCAGUGAUGUAGCUACCCCCUCACUAAAGCUAUCUGAGGAGUGCUCAACAGUGAAGGAAGAACGGGACAUUCUGUAUGGGAGGUUUACCCCGGAAGCUGUAGAAGCAGACACUGAGUAUGUAAUCACUCUCAGUCAUAUUGAAAACCCUGAAAAUUUCUGGUGCCAUAUAGUGGACAAGGUGGCAAGUCUAGAUGAACUGAUGGACAAGAUGCUGAUAAAAUACUCUGCUGACCGUAAAAGUGACCCGUGUCCAAUGUCAGAAAAUAAAUCUGAGUCUGUAUCAGAGGAGGAUGUACAGAAUGGAGAGAAUGACUGUAAUAAAGGGAUAGGUAAAGAGUUGGAGGACAUCAAACCAGGAACUUCUUGUUGUGUGCUUUUCCCAGUGGAUGGUCAGUAUUACAGAUCUGUAGUCCAAGAGGUAGAUGAGGACAAAGUUAAAGUGUUUUUUGUGGACUUUGGAAACCAGGAGAUUGUGAGGAAGUGCAAUAUUUUCCUGCUUUUAGAUGUUUUUUGCGAAAUGUCUUCUCAAGCUAUUCACUGUCGCCUUGGUGGCAUUAUCAGUCAGUCCUGGGAUUCGAGCUCCUGUGGAAGAUUUGAUGAGCUGACUGAAGAUAAAGAACUUCUAAUGUAUGUAACAGAAAAGUCAGAGAUUGGGCCACACUUUGUAGAACUGUCUGAUGAUGAGACCUCCAUCACUAGCUGUCUGAUAGACGGAGGGUACGCCCAGCCAGACCACACUACAGAUGAGGAGGAGUCGAUUGAUCUUGUAUCCCUGUUCAGUCCAUACUCUUGGACUUUAUUAUCCUUGGAUAUGGAGUAUGACGUCAUGGUUACCUCUGCAGACAAUCCUCUACAGUUUUAUGUCCAGCUCAAUGACUGUAAUGAGUUGUCAAAAAUUGAGGAGGAGAUAAGCAAGUGUGUAGAAGAAAACCUGCAGAAGUUGUCUGACAUCAAGGAAGGUGUUGCUUGUCUUGUUCUCAGUCCAAUGGAAAAACAGUAUCAAAGAGCCAAAUGCUUGAAAGUCGUCCCUAAUCAGCAAGUACAGGUUUUAUUGGUGGACUUAGGUGAAAAACUGACCACUAAGAUGGACUGUGUGUACAGUAUACCAGACUCCCUAAUCCAGAUACCUGCUCAGGUCUCUGUGUGUGCCCUGACAGACAUAUUUUCUCUGACAGGAAGCUGGAGCAAGGAAACCAGAAUAUUUUUCUCAAAUCAUGUCCAGGAUGUUUCCAUUAUGUAUGUGCGUCAUAAGACGGAGUGUGGGGUGUACAAGGUGACCUUGGACUACGAGGGACAGGAACUGAACCGUCUGAUGGUGGAUUUAGGUUUUGCCAGAGCUGAGACAGACACCACACUGUUUGAACAAAUGAUGGAGAGCUCCGGUGAUCUAGAAACUUCCUUUAAUGAGCUGGCCCUAGAAAAACAGAAUUCUUUUGGCAGUGAAGAAGAUGGAGAAGGUAAAUCCCUUAAUUUGGACUCAACCCUGGAAACAACAGAUGCCUCUGUUUGCAUGUGUCAUGACUCAAGCCUGGAAACAACGGGAGCUUCUGAUAGCUUCCAUUUCAUCAAUCUCAAGAAAGAGAGGGAAGCAGAGGAAGAUAAGACAGAAGAUCAAGAGUUAAAAGAGGAGGAUGAAUUUUAUGAUGCUGUUGAUGAAGAAGGGGAAAAACAGACUCCAACAAAGGACCCACUGAAUGAUGUGUCUAAUGACAAAGAAUCUGAAUGUACAUCAAGUCCAGCAAAGUCCAAAGAACCAAAUGAUCAGUCUGAAGUGGAGAGCCAAGGAAGGUCUGUCAAGGAGGAAGAGCAGUUGGAAGAUGAAGAGGUCACCAGAGGUGAGAAGAUGGAUGACAACAUUAACAACAACUGUGAGGAGCCUGAGGAUAUGAGGACCGAGGACUUGUCCUCACUCAGUGGGGAACACCAACCUGAUGUCAACAGUGAGGAAAAGAAAGGGGAAGCAACUGUAGACAAAAUGAAUGAGGACAAACAUGAUAUAGUAGGAGAUGUGAUAGAUAAUGAGGGCAUUAAGGAAGAAGUUAGUCGGGAGAAUGAGGAUAAACCUGAUCCGGAGGAAGAUGUGGCAGAGAGCGAGGGCAUUAAGGAAGAUGUGGCAGAGAGUGAGGUCAUUAAGGAAGUGGAUGUUUGUCAGGAGAUUGAGGAUAAGUUAAAUGUAGAUGAUGAUACAGGAAACAGGGAAGAUGUUAGUCAGAAAGAGUGUGAAGAUGAUAGUAAGAAAGAGAGUGAAGAUGCAAGUCUGAAUGAAAGUGAAGAUACUGAUGUCAUCAAAAGAGAUAGUGAAGAUACUAGUCAAAAAGACAGUGAAGAUAUUGGUCAGAGAAAGAAUGAAGAUGGUAGUAAUCAAGAGACUGAAGAAGCUGAUGCAGAUAGCAAGAAAAGUGAAAAUGAUGGUCAGAGAGAUGAAGUUUCUGAGGAAGAGACCCAAGGGAAAGAGGUGUGUGAAGGUGAAGACUCAGGAAAGGUUGUGGAGGAAGAAUUCAAAAACACUGAUUCCAGACAGAGUGAUUCUGAAGAUGUCUGUGGUAAGGAGGACGGGAAUGGUUUGGUUAAAGAUAAAGAACAGUCUGAUUCUAAAGAAGAAAAAGAAAAUUUGGAGCACUGUAGUGACAGAGUGAUUGCCAAUAUUGACAGCGAGGGAGAAAACUCAGAUGAUCCAUCAGACACGGAGAUCGAAAAUACGGAAGGAUUGGAGGGGGGUGGAAAUGGAGAGGAUAGACUAAAGGAAGUCAAGGAGAUCACCGAAGUUUGGGCCUUUCUGGAAUAUGAGAGUGAGCAGUAUCUUUUAUUCUGCCUUACAACAUCAUCUGAGAGAGUGGUAACAUGGGUUACCCAUCCCGUCUCUUUGUAUAACAAGUACCUAGCUGCCAUUCUAUUCCCUCCCGUAACUAUUCUAGCAGCUUCAAGUUGAACACCUUCAAGUUUAUCUACUAAGUAGUCUGGUAUAUUAUCCCAAACGAUAUCGGCGUAUUCAAGUAUAGGUCUCACAAACGAAAAAUAG